AUGUAUUUGAAUGCUGCAGAUUCAACUAGUUUACCCUAUGGUUGGGGUAGAUAUGCACAAUUUAGCUUGGCAAUUGUUAAUCAAAUCCAUAAUAAGUUUUCUGUGAGAAAAGACACGCAACAUCAAUUUAAUGCACGAGAAAGUGAUCGGGGUUUCACAUAUUUCAUGCCUCUUGGUGAAUUGUAUGACCCUAGUAGGGAUUAUCUUGUGAAUGAUACUCUUAUAAUUGAAGCCGAGGUUCUUGUUCAAAGGGCUGUAUACCAUAUUCCAACAACUGAAAAUGAUAUGCCAUUUGGAAGCAUCCCUUUGGCUUUGCAAAGUUUAUUCUACAAGCUCCAGUAUAAUGAGAACAGUGUAUCAACAAAAGAAUUAACAAAGUCUUUUAAUGGGAUACAUAUGAUUCAUUCAUGCAGCAUAAUGUCCAAGAACUUAACCGGGUCCUUUGUAAAAAAACUUAAAGAUAAAAUGAAGGAAACUGUUGUCGAGAGAACAAUACAAAAGUUAUUCGAAAGACACCAUAUGAACUACAUAGAGUGCAUCAAAUUGGAUUACAAAUCAACUAGAAAGGAGUCAUUUUAUGGCCUUCAACUUGAUGUCAAUGGUUGUCGUGAUGUUUAUGGUUCCUUAGAUAAGUAUGUUGAAGUUGAACGUCGUGAAGGGGAUAACAAAUACCAUGAUGAACAAGAUGGUUUGUAG